AUGCCAUCCAGGGGCCUUGUGGGAGCCCUUUGGCUCGCCUUCAGCUCGGUGGUUGCGGGCCUGGGCCAGGAUCAGAUCAUCUCGACCAAGAGCCAUGGCGCUGAACUCCAGAUCGCCGGCGGGCGGGUGGGCAAGGGCCAGAUUCUGGUCUCGAGCAACGACUACUGGGGUGUCAUACGCGCUGCGGGCGAUCUCGCCGUGGAUUUUGGACGUGUGACGGGCAUCAACUACACGCUCAGCAACGGGGAGAAGCAUGCGGCGCCGGCGACUUACACGUACCACCCGGUCAACAACAUGAACAACACCUUCUACUCCACGACGGGAACCGCAAACUUCACGGGCCCCAGCUACGCGGAUCCGUCGCCGAAGGAUGUUGUCAUCAUUGCCGGCACCAUUGGACACUCGACCGUCAUUGACAGGCUUGUGUCGUCCCGGUCCAUCGACGUUUCGGGCGUCAAGGGCAAGUGGGAGUCCUUCGUCAGCCAGGUAGUCAAGAACCCGGUACCGGGCUGCUCCAAGGCACUGGUCAUCGCGGGGAGCGACCCGCGGGGCACCAUCUACGGCAUCUACGACAUCAGCGAGCAGAUCGGUGUCAGCCCGUGGUACUUCUGGGCCGACAGCCCGCCCAAGAAGAGCAAGGACCUGUAUGUCACGGCGAGGAAGAAGGUCCAGGGCCCGCCCUCUGUCAAGUACCGGGGCUUCUUCCUGAACGACGAGCAGCCGGCCCUGACCAACUGGGUUGCCUCGCACUGGCAAGACACACCCUAUGGCGCGGGCUACGGCCCUGCCUUCUACAGCCUCGUCUUCGAGCUGCUCCUGCGGCUCCGGGCCAACUACCUGUGGCCGGCUAUCUGGGGCGCCAUGUUCGAGGUGGACGACCCGGGCAACCAGCCGCUGGCGGACGCGUUUGAGGUGGUGAUCGGGUCGUCGCACACGGAGCCGCUGAUGCGGGCGCAGAACGAGUUCGGGCACUUCUACGAGGGCGCGUGGGCGUACAACGUGAACAACGCGACCAUCGACGACUACUUCCGCUACGGCGUGCAGCGCGCCCGGCCGUAUGCGCGCAACAGCCUGUGGACCAUGGGCAUGCGCGGCACGGGCGACACGGCCAUCGAGGGGCUCGGGGUGGAGCACAUCGUCGAGAUGCUGCAGGUGCUCGUGCGGAACCAGCGCCGCAUCGUGGCCGACGGGCUGGGCGUGGCCGACAUCACGGCGGUGCCGCAGAUGUGGUGUCUGUACAAGGAGGUCAUGAGCUACCUGUUCGCGGGCCUGCAGGUGCCCGACGACGUGACGCUGCUCUGGGCCGACGACAACUGGGGCAACGUGCGCCGGCUGCCGCUGCGGAACGAGACGCGGCGGCGCGGCGGCGCGGGCAUCUACUACCACUUCGACUACGUCGGCGACGUGCGCAACUACAAGUGGAUCAACACCGUCCAGCUGUCCAAGACGGCCGAGCAGAUGCACAUGGCGUACGCGCGCGGCGCCGACCGCAUCUGGAUCGUCAACGUCGGCGACAUGAAGGCGCUCGAGAUCCCCAUCAGCCACUUCUUCGACAUGGCCUACGACGCCGGCACGUGGCACGUCGACAGCACGCGCGCGUGGGCCGAGGCGUGGGCGGCACGCGAGUUCGGGCCGGAGCAGGCCGCGGACAUCGCCGAGGUCAUGAUGAGGUACGGCAUGUACGCGGGCCGGCGCAAGUUCGAGCUGGUCGAGCCGCAGACCUACUCGGUCAUCCACUACAACGAGGCCGACGCGGUGCUGCAGCAGUGGGCCGACCUCGUGGCCAAGGCGCAGGCCAUCUACGACAAGCUGCCGACCGAGGCCCAGGCCGCCUUCUUCGAGACGGUGCUGCACCCGGCGCUGGCCGGCCAGAUCGUGAAUCAGAUCCACAUCGGCGCCGCGCGGAACUUGCUCUACGCCGGGCAGAAGCGCAACGCGGCCAACAGCGUGAUCCGGGAGGUGCUCGCGCUCUCGGCGGCCGACGCGAACCUCACGCGGCGGUGGGAUGCGCUGCUCGACGGCAAGUGGAAGCACUUCAUGGACCAGACGCACCUCGGCUACGACGGCUACUGGCAGCAGCCGAUGCGCAACACGCUGCCGGCGAUGGUGCACGUGCAGACCGACUUCGCCGCGCUGGCGGGGGAGAUCGGCAUCGGCGUCGAGGGCUCCAACGCCACGGUCAAGGGCGACGACAAGUGGCACCCCAACAGUGCGAAUGACCUCUCCGUCCCGCCGCUCGACCCCUACGGCCCGGCCACGCGCUACUUCGACGUCUUCUCGCGCGGCACCAAGACCUGCGCGUGGAACGCGUCCGCCUCGCAGCCGUGGGUCAAGCUCUCGCAGUCUGCGGGCACCGUCGGCGGAGACCUGCCCGACAACCGCGUCUUCCUCUCGGUCGACUGGAAAGCCGCGCCCAGGGGCCCCCACAACGAGACGGUCAAGAUCAGCUUCACCACCCCCUGCCGCGCCUUCGACCGCUACGGCUUCUCGGAUCCGCACGUCCUUGUCCCCGUCACCAUCCGCUCCGUCCCGCCCACCUUCACGCGCGGUUUCGUCGAGUCGGACCGCCACGUCGCCUUUGCGGGCGAGCACUACUCGGCCAUCAUCAAACCAGAACAACAACAACAACAACAACAAUCCACCCAAGGUGAAGAAGAAAAAGAAGGGGAAAAAAACCAGCCGACGUACCACACCUUCGCCUCCUACGGCCGCACCUCGUCCGGCGUCGGCCUAGUCCCGCUCAACACGGAGAAGCUCACGCUCGCGACCGCGCCGGCCCUCGAAUACGACCUCUACCUCUUCACCCGGACGCCCAGGGCCAACGUCACCGUCUACCUCUCCCCGGCCCUCAACUACCUAGGCGAGGGCACCCCGCUGGAGUACGCCAUCUCCCUCUUCCCCGCGUCCUCGUCGUCCUCCUCCUCUUCCGCUGAACCCAACAACAACAUCACGUCCGUGAAACCGGUGGGUGCCACCGUGGGAGGGAACAUGCCGCCCGGCUGGGGAUCGGCGGUCGCGGAUGGCGUGUGGAGGGGCCAGUAUACGACCAGCGGGUUUGAGGUCGCCGGGGAGGGGGCGUAUAAGUUGCGGAUUUGGGCGCUGAUGCCGGGCGUGGUGGUGCAGAGGGUGGUGGUCGACUUGGGCGGGGUGAGGCCGAGCUACUUGGGCCCGCCCGAGAGUUUCUUUGUCGGGGGCGGGGCUGGGGGCGGGCAGGAUGGGGAUGGCGAUGGGGAUGUGGCGGGGAAGAGGAAUGGGACGAAGUGGUUGCACCAGGAGUAA